AAAGCUCUCAAGAGCGGUAAGAGUCUCCGUGUGCAAGCACCAGCAUCACACCACCACCACCACCACCACCGUGCGCGCCUAGCUCCACCGCACACCGAGCGAGUUAAGUUUAUACACAGCUAAUGAAUCUAUAGUUUGCUGGAACCGGGAAGCCAUCUCUCGCUGGUCUAAGCUGUAGCAGCACCACUUGCUAGAUUCUAAUACCACCAUCAGAGAAGCCGGGAGAGAGAGAGAGCGCGAUGGCGGAUCUCCCCAUUGGUAUCCCGAAGAAGGUGGUUCAGUUGGUGGCGGAGAGGGUAAAAUCUGCCAUCAAGGAGGAGGAAGAGCAGUGGCAGAUCGUGCAACGUGACCUGGUGUUCAUCACCAACGAGUUCGAGAUGACGCAGUCCUUCCUCAACUCCGCCGACGGGAAGCGCAUCAUGAACCAUGUGGUGAGGACCUGGGUACGGCAGGUGCGCGACCUGUCCCACGAUGUGGAGGACUGCAUCGAGUUCGUCCUCCACCUGGACACAGAUAAGCGGCCAUGGUGGCGCCGUCGGUCGUGGUGGCUCCGGCUGCCGCCAUCCUGCUGUGGCAUGGUGUUGCCUGUGGAUGAAGCUAUGGCCGAGAUAACGCAGCUCAAAGCUAGGGUGGUGCCGUGGUGGACGUGAGCCAGAGGAACACGCGGUAUAUAACCUCAUCAGUGACGAUGAUUCUGGCUCCUCCAAAACUCCCACUCCCGCCACCCCAAGCGCAUUUCGCAUCCUCACGGUCGAUGCCGGCGCCGCCCCAACGGACGGUAGCCUCUCGGAUAUUUCCGAGGUUAUGGAUCGGGAUGAUAAGUCUGGCCGAGUAAUUUCUGUUUGUGGGGCAAGCCGAGGCGACAGAGAGAUAAUAUCUGUGAUUAGGAAGCUGUACGACAAGGGGAGAACCCGCAAGGACAUCCAGCGCCGUGCUUGGGUGAAGCUAGUGCAUCCCUUCAAUCCCCACGACUUCAUCCGCAGCCUAAUGACUCAGUUCCUGGCCAGCUCAUCUCAAGACGAAGCAGCAGUCAUAGGUGUUGACGUGCUGACGAAGCUGGAGACCAUCCAAGGCAUUCUCCUCAACGAGUUCGCGAAUGAAGUCAAGACGCAUAUGUACUUGAUCGUCCUGGAAGAUAUGUCCAGCAUGGAGC